AAGUUGCGAUUUGAUUUGCUGGUUAGGUGUUCCGAUUGACAGUGAAACUGGGAACCAGCACGUGAUUAUAAAUAAAGUGGAACCGGAUCAGGUUGAGCAGCAGAUUUAUGGAAAUUUGGAAUUAAAAACGUUUCCCUUUACCAAACUUUGGUAAUUGGAUUUUGACUUUAAGAAGAGGCACCCUACAAAGAAAGGAUGGGGUUCUUUAACCAACUGGUGCUUUUAUUGUGGAAGAAUUUCACCCUGAGGAAAAGACAAAAGCUUCGACUGGUAGCGGAGAUUAUUUUUCCUCUGGCGUUAUUUAUGAUAUUAUUGAUAGUGCGGGUCACAAAGCCUGACUUGAAAGUGAAACAUGGAGCGUGUCAUUUUGAUGGAAAGGCCAUGCCGUCGACUGGCAUCCUACCUUUCUUGCAGUCUUUUAUGUGUACAUUCAACAACACGUGCCACGAUUCGGUUAAUGCUGACGAGAGACCCGGCAUGGCAGGUUCCUUUACUCAAACAGGGUUAGCGGAAGCGGUUCAAGCUUUGGAGGAGAUAUUGAGUAGCAACGUUGAUGCCGAAAUAAUUGCUGAUACUAUUACUGAUCUAAAUUUACUGGCAGACCUAUAUCAGAGAAUUGUUGAUGGUACUGCUGUUG